CGGUUCGGUAUUUGCUCACCUCUAACAAAAACAAAAACAAUGGAAAUAUAAGGAGUCCUCCUUCAAUGAUACUCGUAAAAAACAGGAGAGAGAGAGAGAGGCCUGAUGAGAAAAAGAAUGGAUGCGGAGAGGCGAUGGGGCGAUCCUCUAGAUGUGAAUGAUGGUUGUGGAGAGUUGAAUGUUCAACGUACGGAUCGUCACGACCGAUCGAGGUUUAAGACAGCCUCAUCAGAUCCGAAGGUGAAGCUGUUAGAGGAGAAGACAUCCUUUCCAAAUGUAUCGAGGUUAAAGAUAGCUUCAUCAGAUCGAACUGUGAAGCUGUCAGAUGAGGAGACAACCUUUCCAAAUGUAUCAAGGCAUCGACAACAAUGUCUAAAAAAUUCCUUCUUUAACACCUGCUUCAAGUUCAUGAGAUCAUACAUCCACAAACCUUGCGCACCUAUUACAGACGAGGAAAAUGAGAUUGGCAAACAGUAUCUUGAUACCGAAUACCCCAUUUAUUCCCAUGCCUUCAAACAUGCGCCUAUUGUCUUGGUAGGCCACCAAUUGAAUGUUUUAGACUUGCUCGGUGAUAAACUCUUGUGUUUCUACAGUACUCAAAACAUUCCUAACCCUAGCAUUCAGCCCAACAACAGAUCCAGAAGUUAUGCGGUAAGCACCCCCUUAAACCUGAUGGGUAAAUACGUUAUGAUUUGUUGCGUGUUUGUUCCUUCAAUAUGGUCUUCAGCCGAUGCGCGCAUGAUUUAUCACACAUCUUUAGCUUCUCACGAGCUCGCUAGAAGAGGCGAUUUUGCGCUGGUGGUGGUGCCAAUGAUGAGGAAUGGUUUCACUCAUUCCUUCUCUGCCUAUGAACACUUCUUUUCGGGCUUUUCCUGCCUUGCUGUCCCUUUCGGUGAAUAUCUUCGCCGUGAGUACAUUUGCUCGGUACUUGGUUUUGAUGGUCAGCCUAAAGCUUUGAUUCUUGAUCCAUCUCAGAGGGUGCUUUACCAUGGCCAGCCCAAGAUGUUUAGUCGGGUUGGAGGAGCUGAGGGUGGUGCUUUUCCCUUCACUCCGGAUAGAGUGGGUGCUUAUUUACGCCAUGAACGUGGUUGGCAUGAUCACUACUCCCUCAAUGAGCUUUUGGGCCUUAGAGACACUGAUGUUCUCUACAACAUUGGAUAUUAUCACGCUGGCGGAGAUCGGUUGGAGGAGGAGGAGGAGGAGGAGGAUGGUCGUCGUGGUAUUACAAUUUCAGAACUUAAAAGAAAGUUUGUGGGGAUUUAUGUGUGCUUUGAUGGUAGCAGUUUAUAUGAGCUUGAGGCAGUUUACAAGGAAUGUUGUAAGCGGGGGAAAGAGUGUGAGCUUGAGAUUGUGGUGGUGGAACUUAAAAGAAAGUUUGUGGGGAUUUAUGUGUGCUUUGAUGGUAGCAGUUUAUAUGAGCUUGAGGCAGUUUACAAGGAAUGUUGUAAGCGGGGGAAAGAGUGUGAGCUUGAGAUUGUGGUGGUGGGUGUUCCCUUUGUUGGGAUGGAGCCCCCAAAGUUGAUGGAGAAGUUUAUGAUUGAAGCCCUUGAGAGUGUUAAGCUGCUAGGCUGGUGGUUUUUGCCUUUCGACAACACUGUGAGCCAUAGGCUAUGUCGGAUGCGAAGUGACAGUCAGGAGGAUGGCCUUUUCAUUGUGGAUCCUGUUAGAAAGUAUGUGGAUGUAUACGGAUUUCCAGUCAUGGCUGACUUUGGCGGCGUGGACGCUUAUCCCUUCAACAGGAGGAAUUUGAUCGAGAAGGAGUUCGAAAGGAAAAUGGGACUGAGAUUGAAGUCAUUACUACAUUCCUGUUGGGAACAACAUGUAAUUAAAAGGCUCAAUAAUAUGGAUGAGGAGGUUCCUUUGGCACAAGUGCUUGAGAAGAUGCCUUUUGUUGUUCUUUAUAUGUACAAAGGGGGGAAGGUCUUUGAAAAAAAAAAUAAAAUAUGGUGGGGGUAUGAGGAUGGUGAUAAACUGGCGGCAUGGUAUAAGAAUGAAAUUAAGGGAAAGGGGCAUUCAUCAAGUGUGGUGGUGGUUACUGUGAGCAUGGAUGGCAUUGAUGGUGAUACUGAUUGGUUCCUUGAAAUGGGGUGGUCGGUGUGCCGUGCAGACCCAUUCAAGUCAGCCAAAAUUUGCGAUGAAUACUUCUUCCAUCAUCAAUGUAGGCCAGACGAGGUGGUUGUUGCAUUUGGGGAAGAUGGUCGGAUUCAAUCUUUGGAUGCGUCUCAUAUUAUGGAAUGUCAAGGCCCUCCUUUCCAUGCCAAUAAUCUACAUGCGGAGAUUGCUAAGGAAUUUUAUAAGACUGGGUUUCUUUACAUGUAUCAUGCUGCAGCACUUUGACUACCUAGCUCCCAAUGCAUGUUACAUCCCCACUUAUAUAUCGUCGUCCCAGGGGUCAUUUGUAUGCAUUGACAAAACCACCAACAUUUUUUACUCAUGGCUAUCAAGUCAUCUACUAUGCAUCCGGUUGCUGGGAAGGGACAAUUGACUAGUUGUAGGCUUUGCGUCCUCCGCUCACUAGGAAGGGACAAUUGACUGAGGCUACGGGAGUGAAGGACAGUGAAAAUCCUUCUUGGUCCCUCUAGCCCAAGAAGGAAGGAGGUCUGCCCCCGCCGCCGUGCUCAUCCCAGCCGUCCUGUUUAAUUUACUAGUAGAUCUGUGAGCCUUUCUUUUUAUCUUUAUU